UAUUAGGUGUUUGAUGGCAAAACAGGUCACAUUUGGGUUUUCAUUAAGAACAAAUUUAGCUUGCAUGAAAACAUCAGUUGAAUUUAAUAGCGUUUGCUGCUCAUCCAGUGUGACUGACUGGUUCAAAGCAAAAUGAGAAGCAAAUUCCUACAACUUCAGUUGCCUGCACUAGGGGAAAAGAAUGGUGUUUAUGGCAGAAAUCUCGAAACAUAUCCCAAAAAACACGAAAAACGGAGAAAAACAAUUGUGCUAUUUAUAGCUUAUUUUCUGCUGUUAGUUCUUACCAUGUUGAACUUGGCUAACUACAGGUGGACUAAAGAACCCCAACAGUGUAAUCUCCAGAUGAGAAGCACUCCAUAUCAGGGUAGAUCAGACAUUCGGUUCCUUUACAGACUAUCUCUUGCUAGGAAGAGACAGCUCAUCUAUGUUUUGACCACAUGGAGGUCCGGCUCAUCUUUUUUUGGAGAGCUAUUUAAUCAACACCCAGAGGUUUUCUUUCUUUAUGAACCGAUGUGGCACAUCUGGCAAAAGCUGUACCCGGGUGUUGCUGUGUCCUUACAAGGAGUAGCAAGGGACAUGCUAAGCUCGUUGUACCGCUGUGAUCUUUCAGUUUUUCAGCUGUACAACAGCCCUGGGGGCAAAAACUUCACCUCCCUUGAACUUUUUGGGGCCACGCUUAAUAAAGUCAUCUGCUCGUAUCCUCUUUGCUCCUCUAAUAGGAAAGAAGUGGUUGGGAUGGUGGAUGACAAAGUGUGCAAAAAAUGUCCUCCACAAAGCCUCAGGCUCUUAGAAGAAGAAUGUUUUAAGUACAACACUAUAGUCAUAAAAGGGGUCUGGAUUCUGGAUGUCAAUGUUUUGGCACCCCUUAUGAAGGAUCCGUCUCUGGAUCUCAAGGUGAUUCACCUUGUGCGAGAUCCCAGAGCCGUGGCCAACUCCAGGAUCAAAUCGAGGCACGGGUUGAUUCGUGAGAACUUGCAAGUGGUUCGAAGCAGGGAUCCCAAAUUGCGUAGGAUACCCUUUGUGGAUCCUAGCCACAAAAUUAGCAAAAAAGACGGAGCAGAUUACCAUUCAGUUGGAGCUAUGGAGGUAAUAUGUGAUCGGACCUACAGAAGCCUGAAGAUUGCCUUAAAUCAGCCCAGCUGGCUGAAAGGGAAAUACCUGGUGGUGCACUAUGAGGAUCUGGUGGAAAACCCUGUCAAAACGCUCCGGAAUGUUUAUCAGUUUGCCAAUCUAAGUGCCAACCUUGACAUCGAGUCUUUUUCUCUUAACAUGACGAAUGGCACAAGCUCUUCCUCAAAGCCAUUUAUUGUGUCUGCCAGGAAUGCGACACAGGCGACCAGUGCAUGGAGAACAGUGUUAAGUAUUCAACAGAUACAACAAGUGGAGGAGUACGGUCAUCAUGCAAUGGCAAUCCUUAAUUAUGAACGUGUAAGAACAGCUGGAGAAGCAAAAGACUUGAGUAAAUCUUUAUUGACUGCUUCCAAACUGUGACAGCUUUCAAAUGUCUACCUGAAACAGAGCAUCAGCUCAGUAACAGUGGAUUUGUUUGUUUAAAUCAAAGUGCUUUUGUAGGAUUUCAAAAUCUCUUUAUGGAAUGUCAUAGUUCUUUUCUGAUCAUUCAGUACAGCACCCUUCCUUUUCUAAAUGGACCUGUAGAUGAUUGAUACAUUAGCAUCUGUGAAC